AUGCGUGUCAGUAUCCUUGCAUCCGCUCUCGGCGUUGCCUCAGUUGCUGCCGGCGCUCCAGGUAGCAAAGCUCGUGAGCCAAAGAUCGAGCUUCCAACAAACGGAAAGCCCUUCCAAGUUGUCUUCGAUCAUGGACCAUCAAUCGAUUAUGUCGAGCGUGCGGCUAUCGCGCAAAACGAUCGGAGCAUGCUUUUCGUCGUUGGCAACAACCGCACUACCGACAUGUGUCUUUUUGGUAGAGCCAAGGACCUCAACUCUGGAGAGAGCACCGAGUUCGGCAAGAAGAACAAGAAGGCAUUCAAGCACGGCAUCCGCAUCCCUUCCAACUCUACCGCUGUCCUUGGAAACAUGAUCUUCCUCAGCCCUGAAGGACAUUACAACGGCAUGUUGUACAGCCGUGUCGGAUGCAACAAGGAUUGUGAGAAGUGUGAUGGUGGAGAGUUGCCCAUCUGGACCUUGUCUGAGUUCGCCUACAAGGAGACGAAGUUCUGGAACAACUUGUCCAAUGUCGAUGGUGUGAGCGCCAACAUGACCAUGACCAUCAUGAACUCCACCUCGGAGUGCCACCGUCCAGUUCAGUGCAACUUCACUCUGGAGCAAGCCAAGAAGGUUUGCCCACCAGAGAACUUCUGGAAGGAGGGUGAGGCAUUUGGGUGCAUGUCUGAUUGUAAGCUCAAGGGUGGAGAGAAGUACUGUGGGCGUAGUGGACCUCCCAGCGACUUCGCCAAGCAUCUUUGCCCAAAUGCUUACUUCUGGGCCUCGGAUGAUGUUGCCAGAGGAAACUCCCACGUCAUGAAUGACUGCCCGUUUGAUCCAAGAAGCAUGAAGAUCUUGAUUCAAUAG